AUGACAAUGAAUUGUUCUCAACUGAUCGUCUGGUUGGAUGCAAAUGCCAAUGAUUAUACUAGCAGUUUUCGUAAGAAACUAACUGAUAAUGAACAUCAAUGUGUAAAAAUAUUUACUGAAGUCAAUCCAUGUAUAACAUUCAUUGAAACACAUAUUAACCAAACAAUAUUUUUCAUCCUUUCUGGUUCGUUUGGUUCAGAAGUAAUACCAUUAAUUUAUCAUUAUGAUCACAUCAGUCAAAUAUAUUUAUUUUGUGCUUCAAUUGUAUCACAUACUAGUUGGGCUAUAGAUUACGCAGAUAAAAUGUUAAUGUUCGAUCAUGAAAAUGAUUUACUUCGAAGACUUUUUAAAGAUAUAGAAGAAUAUUUACGUCUACAAGCAGAACAAUAUCUUAAACAAGCUAAUCAUUGUAAAGCUUAUGCAGAACUAUUUAAACAAGAUCAAUGUGGUUAA